AUGUCGGAGGACCAAGAAAAUCUCUUAGGUUCAGCUCCUCCGUUUUUGCGGGCUAGUAGUGUUCCAGCACAUCGCCGUCCGAUAACCGUUUCAAAUAAAAAUUCCGGUACAGCGGGGUCAGUGAACGAUGAGACUUUUCAGAAGGCCUUCUUGGAAGUGCCGAAGUGUAAUGUAUUUUCCGCGAAAGAGUUAAAAGAGAAGUUAGACGGUGCCUGCAACACUUUACAGAAUGCCAAUUUAGAUUGGGAUAAGAGAGUGAAUGCAUUGAAGCUAUUGCGGGGUUUAUUGAUUGGCGGCGGUUUAGACUUCACAGAUUUCACAGCAGAGCUAAGAGAUAUGGAAGGCGCUUUCUUGACAUCGAUAAAAGAUUUAAGGUCCCAAGUUUGUCGUGAAGGAUGCGUUACCUUAGCGUACGUUUCUCUUGACAAUGUUAUAAAACGUCAUUUCAGUUUUUAUUGCGAAAGGUUAGAGAUGAAAAUGGCGGUAAUAAUUGAAGCUUUGAUGCCUACACUUAUUAAUCUUCUUCAGAAUAGUGCAAAGGUAAUGGCCACUAGUGCACAGGUGGCUUUACAAUAUGUUGUCAAACAUGUCCGUAGUCCUAAGUUAUUGCCUCAUUUGAAAACAGCUAUGGCUUCAAAAUCAAAAGAUAUUAGAAGGAACGCUGCUGCUCUUAUUUUAAUGGCACUAACUCUCUGGGACAGUCGCAUAAUAGAAAAAAAUAUGCCAGUUUUUAUGGAUUGUGUUAAGGCUGGAGUCAAUGACGCUGACCCGGAAACGCGCAGCAUAGGAAGAAACAUGUUCAGCCAUUUGGAUCAGGAGUACCACCGUCAUGCAGAGAUUCUUUUUAAGUCUUUGGAUCCUUCUAAACAGCGCUCUUUAUCCGGUUUCGUGUCUCAGUCCUCCUCUUCCCAGUCAAUUGUGUCAGAAAAGGAUUCUUUACCAUUAACGCAGAAGAGUUCGAACUAUUCCCUUCAUAAAAGUACAGCAUUUCAUUUUACGGGUCGAUCAACUUCCGAUAUUGAUACGGGUUCAGCCCGACGUGCUUAUUCGCAGCUAACUCGUGGUGCUGCAAAGUGGCGACCUAUGCCUCAAAUUAAUGGCAGUCCCAUGUCGAGUAGUCGUAGUAGUGGGACACCGCACCGCUUUGCGACGCCUUCCUCGACUUUGAGGAAACCUGCAUUACCUCGCACUCCCCCGAACAAUGUUGCUAGAUCUCAACCUGGUAGUCGUAGCACGUCACCAUCUCAGCGAGCUCUGUCUCGGAAUCGACCAUCUGUACCUUGUAUGACACGAAACCGAAACCACGUUGACGAUUUAGAAGACAUAGCCGCUGCUGGAGAUUCAUUCAAGUUUGAAGUUGCGGAGUUAAAUAAUGCUUUGGCUUGCUGUGCUGUAUCAUCUACAUCCGAGAGGAAGGAGGGUUUGAAAGCUCUUUACACUAUUGUUUCUAGCGAAAAAUAUAUUGAUCCUUUGGAUCUCAAAAAGAUCACGGAACGCUUGAACUCCUUGAUAAGUGAGGGGUCACACAAGCUUCUACAAGCAGUAUCUGACUUGCUGAUAAAACUAGUGCAGCUUUAUCAUGAUGAACUCAAUGAUUGGCUUAAUUUGCUUAUACCGAGGCUGCUAACGAAACAUGCCAAUGAUGUUCUUGCCAGUAACCAAGAUAGGUACCGGGUAAUGCUUGAUACUGUGCGACAAUGCUUUGACCCAGAGCAGCAGCUUCAUGCUGUGUUUAGGUUUAUUCAAGAUCCUGUGCGUAACAAUGUGAAUUUAAAGAUUAAGCAUGGACUGCUGAAAUAUUUGCAUGAAGUUAUGGGCGGUGUGGACAGGGCAUUGUCUUUUAAGAAUAGUGAAGUUCGCAGUGCGAUAUUAAAAAUAUUUCAGUGGUUAGACGACCCUAAAAACGCUAUCCUAAGAGAUAUCAGUGAAAAGGUGCUGUGUGACAUGUUUUCUGUAAAUGCAAGUGAUUUUACGGCAAUGAUGGCAACUUUUGAUAAUGAUUUAAGAAGUCAAUUACAAGAAAUAAUACAGAGGAACAGUCUUGCGAAACCGAAAACAAAUGGCUUCAGUUCAAACGACACUCAUGCCUUGAUACACGACACCGCAAAUCAGAUUAAUGAUUUUGUUGAAUUGUGUAAGCUGCCUAAUUCUCCGAUGCGAAUCGAGAGUUCUGCCCCACGUAAUUCUUUUGACAAUGGUCUUAUGCGCAGGCAGAGCCGUGAAGAUCCUAGCUGUAGUUUGUCUGGUUACAUUCUUGACCCAGAUCGUUUAGUAAGUGAUGAAGAGCUACAGAAAGAACUCAUAACAAAAAUAGGUGAAGAGCUUUCACAUAGCAAUGAAAGAACUGCCGAGCGUUUACAAGCAAUGAAUGUACUCUCACAAAUUACGCGAGACAGCCUGUUCACUUUGUGGGACAAAUAUUUCAAGAAAAUUUUGUUGCUUUUGGUUGAAAACUUAAAUGAUUCAGACGCUAGUAUUCGUCGUACUGCUUUGAAGCUUUUGAAAGAGAUUUGUUAUUCACAAGCUCCUCGUUUCAAUUAUUAUGCCGAGAUGGUGUUUAUGCGUGUACUUGAUGCUACUGCUGACGAGUCCAAAUUUGUGGUAUCAGCGGCAGAAGAAUGUGGAAGUGUUCUUGCCACUCACGUUUCGUCUGUAAUAUGUCGUAAAGUGUUGUUAGCAGUUAUAAAAAGCAGCAAUACGGCCGAAUCAAAAAUUUACAUGGCUAUAAAAAUGUUGACGAAAGUUCUCGAAUCUCUUAGUCCAGAGGAAUUAAUAGAUAUUCUUGAUGAAGUCGCGCCACCCAUUGUUGAAGCUUACAAUUACGAAAGCAGUUCCAUACGGAAAGAGAGCGUUGGAUGUUUGGUGAAAAUGCAUAAAAUUGUCGGUAAAGAAGCUAUGCAACCUUACAUUUCAACUCUGAAUCGGGGAAAGAUCUAUCAUUUGUCUCGCGGCUCUCUGAAGAGUUCAAAAACUCAAACUUACUGUGCUUUCAGCGGGCGUUAUUGGAUGUCUACCUUAACCGAACAAGGGGCCCAAGUCCAGUUUCCUGAGCUCUUCACUCUUUGGGCUGCUGUUGUUUUAUAG